ACAACAAAUCAAAUCACGUCAGAAAUAAGUCCACGGAUUUAUUUACAAUUUAUUGCAAUUUAAGAUAUUGUUGUCUUUAUCUACCAAGUGAUAAUACGUGAGAGCGGGUGGUUUCUUAUCUGUCAUGCUAGAUUAUAUUUCGCACACGUAUGACGCCUAACUGCAACGCACAUUUUUCACCACUCAACACUCACCCUGUGCGUCUUUAAAAUUCUUUCUGUCAGAAGAACAAGAACAGUUCUAAGAUUCUUGAAGAGCCAGUAACCAUUGCUACGAAAAUGGCUGGAUCAGCGUUGCGGCGGCUUAUGGCGGAAUACAAACAGCUGACUAUCAAUCCUCCAGAGGGUAUUAUUGCAGGACCUAUUAACGAAGAGAACUUUUUCGAAUGGGAGGCACUUAUCACAGGACCAGAAGGAACAUGCUUCGAAGGAGGCAUAUUUCCAGCAAAGUUACACUUUCCCCCGGACUACCCACUGAGCCCACCUAAAAUGGAGUUCACAUGCGAGAUGUUUCACCCAAACAUAUAUGCUGAUGGCCGUGUGUGCAUAUCAAUCCUGCAUGCGCCUGGUGACGAUCCCAUGGGAUAUGAGAGCAGUGCUGAGCGAUGGUCGCCUGUACAAAGUGUGGAGAAAAUACUACUCUCUGUCGUCAGCAUGCUAGCUGAGCCAAACGAUGAGAGUGGUGCCAACGUUGAUGCCGCCAAAAUGUGGAGAGAAGAUCGAGAACAGUUCAAUAAAAUUGCUGAGAAACUUGUCAGAAAAACCCUGAGUUUGGAAUAGUUAUACAUAAUGCGAUAACAUUAAGAUCCAAGUUUAAUCAAUUUUCUGGGAGAUAGCGGUUCUAACUACUUCAUUCAAUAGGCUAUAUCUUAUACUAUUAUAUAAAGCUCAAGAGUUUGUUUGCUUGUUUGAACGCUCUAUUCUCGGUAAUUACUGGUCCGAUAUGAAUAAAUCUUUUUGUAUUGGAGAGCACACUUAUCGAAGAAGAUUAUUAUGGGCUAUAAAAAUCACGCUACGAUCAAUAGAAGCCGAGCAGUGCGGGUGUAUGCGCGCGGGAAUAGCUAGCCUACAAUAAAUAUAAAUACGCUUAGGCCUUUCUGCAUGCCAAUUUAUAAAACUAUAAAAAUAUAUUUUGGAAAUCGUCUAAAUUAGUCACAUUCGCCCCGCAAUGAGUAGAUAAUUAUUGUUGUUAAUAUUAUAAAGCAAUGUUUUAUGGAAAAUAAUAAUUGAGCCACUUUAAUAUUUUUACUGCCUUACCUUUUAAAACAAGGGAGUUAUAGAAUUUCAUUAACAGCCUGAUACUUAUUUAUUGAAAUGGAGAGACUAUGGAAUGCCAUUUGUUUUACGAUUCUAACAUACCUCUUUCGAUUCAUCAACAGACAUCGGUCUUUUCAUGCAUGCUCGUCGGUUAAAGGUUAAUUUGGCGCUUCUUUAAGACAUCGCCAAUCUGGUCAAUAUGCAGGGUGUAUGGUGCAUGCACAGACACAUUUUUUUCAAGGAUUUGGUCAUUAGCUACCUUUUACCCGUAAACCCUUCGUCCCAAAUGUCACGGUUGGUCACAUAUGAUGAGUUUAUCUACGACAGGGUUGUCUAUCCGAUUCCGAAAACCUGUGCACGCCACUGCCUCUGCCGACGGCCCCAUUAAUAUAGAUACAUACGUCUUUCGUUACUCUACUACGUCCAAACCAUCGUAACAUUCCCUUUUUAAUCCAUGUCACUACAACAUCUUUCAAUCCUCACCUUUCACAACACAAUUUCUCACUCGACCACUCAAUUUUACUCCACACAUACUUCACAGGGCUCCCAUUUCAUCCACAUUAAUCAUGCUUUGAUGCUUCUGCCGCACCCAUGAUUCACCAUCACCAUACAUAAACGUUGGUGUCAAUACACACUGCAUUACAGCUACUCGAGCUUUGCUGGAUAUUAUUUUAAUCAAGACUAGUAUUUGGCACCAUUGAAACUAUUUCCCGCUCACACUUUCCAACUCUCUUAAGCAGAGGUCCUAUAAACAAACUCACUCACUUGUUCCUAUUCUCAAAAUAUUUCUUCAACUGAUUUAGAACAUCGUUACUUUCUCCAAUCACACUCCCGUUUAUAUCUCUUAUCUUACUUUCAAAUCCCUUCACUUUGUCUUUGGCAGUUGUAACUCAAUGCCAGAACAAUUUAGAAUUUUGACGAGGACCUCGACUAGUUUCAAAGCAUUCUAGAGGCUCAUAUAAAUGAGCAACAUUCCGCGACAUGAUGCCGACACGGCGACUGUCGCGUUGCAACCUAGAGGUUUUUUUGUAAAAAAAUACUUUAUGGAUGGCAGUCAUAAAAUCUUCGUGUAAUUCUUUCCUCCAUUGAAAACCGAUCUGUUAUCAAAGUACGCAUUAAAUACGAAACAAGGCGAAACUAAGUCAUACAAAACAAUAUUGACCAAAUAUAAAUUUUGGUGACAAGACAUAAUAAAAAUAUAAAUAUAGUGCCCAUUGUUUAUUAAAGUGAAUCGAUCUAUAUAUACAUCUGUUAUACGAUACGUAUAAAUGUCUAUUAGAAAAGAAGUUUAUGAUCAGAAUAGCAGUCUUCAUAUUCAAAGAACUAUUUUAUUAUAAUUUAAAAGUUGAGAAAAAUGUAAAUAUGGUUCUUAUUAAACUGUCAAACACCAAGCGGUC